CUUGGAUGCUUCGCUUCCGAGCGCGCUCGGAAGAUGGGCCGGCAGCCACGCGCGUAAAGACACCUAGGGGUUACCAGUCUCCAAGGCAAACCCGGAGGGUUCGGCCCGGGGUUCCGCGGCGGAGGAGAUGGCUUCCAGCCCACUGCCGGGGCCCAACGACAUCCUGCUGGCGUCGCCGUCGAGCGCCUUCCAGCCGGAUGCGCUGAGCCAGCCGCGGCCGGGCCACGCCAACCUCAAACCCAACCAGGUGGGCCAGGUGAUCCUCUACGGCAUUCCCAUCGUGUCGUUGGUGAUCGACGGGCAGGAGCGCCUGUGCCUGGCGCAGAUCUCCAACACCCUCCUCAAGAACUUCAGCUACAACGAGAUCCACAACCGCCGCGUGGCGCUGGGCAUCACGUGCGUGCAGUGCACGCCGGUGCAGCUGGAGAUCCUCCGGCGCGCCGGGGCUAUGCCCAUCUCAUCGCGCCGCUGCGGCAUGAUCACGAAGCGUGAAGCCGAGCGCCUAUGUAAAUCGUUCCUGGGCGAAAACCGGCCGCCCAAGUUGCCGGACAACUUCGCCUUCGACGUGUCGCACGAGUGCGCCUGGGGCUGCCGCGGCAGCUUCAUCCCUGCGCGCUACAAUAGUUCGCGCGCCAAAUGCAUCAAGUGCAGCUACUGCAACAUGUAUUUCUCGCCCAACAAAUUCAUCUUUCAUUCUCACCGCACGCCCGACGCCAAGUACACUCAGCCAGACGCAGCCAACUUCAACUCGUGGCGCCGCCAUCUCAAGCUCACGGACAAGAGCCCCCAAGACGAGCUAGUCUUCGCCUGGGAGGACGUCAAGGCCAUGUUCAAUGGCGGUAGCCGCAAGAGAGCGCUGCCCCAGCCCGGCACUCACCCCGCCUGCCACCCGCUCAAUUCCGUCAAAGCAGCUGCGGUGGCGGCGGCGGCGGCUGUGGCCGGGGGCGGGGGGCUGCUGGGCCCGCACCUGCUGGGGGCGCCCCCGCCGCCGCCGCCGCCACCCCUCGCGGAGCUGGCCGGCGCGCCGCACGCCCAUCACAAACGGCCGCGCUUCGACGAGGACGACGACUCGCUGCAGGAGGCUGCUGUCGUCGCCGCAGCCAGCCUCUCAGCAGCCGCCGCCAGCCUCUCUGUGGCCGCGGCCUCGGGCGGCGCCGGGGUGGCCGGGGGUGGCUCCGGGGGCGGCUGCGUGACGGGCGUCGGCGCCGGCGCUGGGCCCGGGGCGGCGGCGGGCGCCAAAGGCCCGCGCAGCUACCCGGUUAUCCCGGUGCCCAGCAAGGGCUCGUUCGGGGGCGUGUUGCAGAAGUUCCCGGGCUGUGGGGGGCUCUUUCCACACCCCUACACCUUUCCGGCCGCAGCAGCCGCCUUCGGCCUGUGCCACAAGAAGGAGGACGCGGGCGCCAUGUCCGAGGCCCUAGCGGGAGCGGGCGGCGGAAGCGCGGCGCCCAAGCCCGGGUUAUCGGGCCUCUUUUGGCCUGCGGGGCGCAAGGAUGCCUUCUACCCGCCCUUCUGCAUGUUCUGGCCUCCGCGGACCCCCGGCGGGCUUCCCGUGCCCACCUACCUACAGCCCCCGCCGCAACCUCCCUCGGCGCUCGGCUGCGCGCUUGGCGACAGCCCUGCCCUGCUGCGCCAGGCCUUCCUUGACUUGGCCGAGCCGGGCGGCGCGGGAGCGAGCGCCGACGCUGCGCCCCCGCCGGGCCAGCCUCCUCCGGUCGUGGCCAACUGCAGGGGCUCGGGCCCACCGCCUCCCGCGGGAAGCGCAGGAGCUCGCGACGCGCUCUUUGAGUCGCCCCCGGGUGGCAGCGGCGGGGACUGCAGCGCGGGCUCCACACCCCCAGCCGACCCCGGAGCCACGUCCGGGACAGGGGCCUCGGUUGCGGGAGCCGGCCCGACGGGCACCCGGGUGCCCGCUCCCCACCAUCCGCACCUACUUGAGGGGCGCAAGGCGGGCGGUGGCGGCUACCACCAUUCGAGCGCCUUCCGGCCGGUGGGCGGCAAGGACGACGCGGAGAGCCUGGCCAAGCUGCACGGGGCGUCGGCGAGCGCGCCGCACUCGGCCCAAGCGCACCACCACCAUCACCAUCACCAUCCUCACCACCACCACCACCACCAUCAUCCCCCUCAGCCGCCGUCGCCACUUCUGCUGCUGCCUCCACAGCCAGACGAGCCGGGCUCUGAGCGUCACCACCCGGCCCCGCCGCCCCCGCCGCCCCCUCCGCCCCCUCUGGCUCCGCAGCCACACCACCGAGGCCUUCCGUCCCCCGGGGGCACCAGCUGCAGCUAUCCCAGUGAGGACAGCUCCGAGGACGAGGACGACGAGGAAGAGGAGCAGGAGGUGGACGUGGAGGGCCACAAGCCCCCCGAGGGCGAGGAAGAGGAGGAGGAAGGCCGAGACCCCGAAGACGACGAGGAGGAAGACGAGGAGACCCGGGUCCUACUAGGGGACCCCUUAGUCGGGGGCGGCCGGUUCCUCCAGGGCCGAGGGCUGUCGGAGAAGGGGAGCAGCCGGGACCGCGCGCCGGUCGCCGCGGGCGCUUUCCCACUCGCCUUGAACUCCUCCAGGCUGCUGCAGGAGGACGGGAAACUGAGUGACCCCGGCGGCGCGGACCUGCCCCCGCCCCCACCCCCACCCCUGGCUCCCCAGAAAGCGAGCGGUGGCGGUAGCAGCCCUGGCAGCCCUGUCCACCAUCCAUCACUGGAGGAGCAGCCCUCCUACAAAGAUGAUCAGAAAACUAAGGAAAAUAACCAAGUUAUUUUGUCCACAAAGGAAAACAACAGUUUUUCAGAUAAGAACAAGGAGCAUAGCUUUUUCAUCACAGAUUCUGAGGCUUCUGGAGGAGAUUUUUGGAGAGAAAGACCAGGUGAACACACACAAGAAACCAACUCACCUCAUUCACUCAAAAAGGAUGUAGAAAAUAUGGGGAAAGAAGAACUUCAGAAGGUUUUAUUUGAACAAAUAGAUUUACGGAGGCGACUAGAACAAGAAUUCCAAGUGUUAAAGGGAAGCACGUCUUUUCCAGUAUUCAAUAAUUUUCAGGAUCAGAUGAAAAGGGAACUAGCUUAUCGAGAAGAAAUGGUGCAGCAAUUACAAAUUAUCCCCUAUGCAGCAAGCUUGAUCAGGAAAGAAAAGCUUGGUGCCCAUCUCAGCAAAAGCUAA